CAGCCGCGGGGCUGAGCGCCAUGGAUCUGCUGCCCCGCAGCCCCGGCGAGUUCGGGUCGGCCCGGUACUGGGAUCGGUUCUUCCGGCAGCGCGGGAAGCGCCCCUUCGAGUGGUACGGGGCCUUCCCGGAGCUCUGUCCCGUCCUGCACAAGUACGUCAGGCCCCGCGAUAAGGUUCUGGUGGUGGGCUGUGGGAACUCAGAGCUGAGCGAGCAGAUGUAUGACAUGGGAAUGUGUGAGGAUAUCAUGAACAUUGACAUCAGUGAUGCAGUGAUCCAUCAGAUGCAAGAGCGGAGCAGGAGCAAGAGGCCAAAGAUGAGCUACCUGGUGAUGGACAUGUUUCAGAUGGACUUCCCUGAUGCCCAGUUCCAGGUGGUCCUAGACAAAGGCACACUGGAUGCCAUCCUGACUGAUGAAGAGGAGGCUACUCUAGCCAAGGUGGACAGGAUGUUCGCUGAGAUUGGUCGGGUCCUGCAGGUGGGAGGGCGCUACCUCUGUGUCUCUUUGGCUCAAGCCCAUGUGUUGAAGAAAGCAGUAGAGUACUUCUUCCAGGAAGGCUGGGUCGUGCGUGUCCAUCAGGUAGCCAGCAGCGGAGACAAGCAGCAGUUUGUCCUGCCCAUCUUUAUCUAUGUCAUGACAAAGUUCAGGAAAAUCCUCGGCUCAGCACCACAGAUCCUGGAGAUCUGCCAGGAGGAGCAGGAGAAGCCGAUGCGGGUGGAGAGCACAGAGCAGCUGGUGGCAGCGGUGAAGGACAGGCAGCAUUAUGCCUUGCUCUGCAGCCAACUGAGCAAAAUGCCCUGUGGGGAGCAGGUUUCCCUGGAUCUGUGUGACAGAGAGAGUGGGAGGCCUCGUUACACACUGCAUGUUGUUGACAGUCCCUCAGUGAAACCUUCCCGGGACAAUCACUUCGCCAUCUUCAUCAUCCCACAGGGCAGAGAAACCGAGUGGCUUUUUGGGAUGGAGGAAGGGCGGAAGCAGCUGGCCAGCAGCGCAGGCUUCAGGCGCCUGGUGACUGUGGCCCUGCACAGGGAGCAGCACUAUGAGGGCAUGGCUGGCAUCCAGGCAGAGCUGUCGGCGAAGGUGAUGGAGCUGGCCCCACCGGGCCUCCCUGCCCGGCAGCAGGUGCCCUUCCUGUCUGCGGGAGGGGACAUUGGGGUGCGGGCAGUGCGGCACUGUGACACCAGCCCCCUGAGCGGGGAGUACGUGGUGGAGGACGUGAAGGGGGAUGGCACCUGCUACUUCCGACGCCUCAUCUUCCUCCACAACAGGAACGUGGUGCAGUCAGAGGCUCGGCUUCUGCCCUCCAUGCCUCCCCAAGGCCAGAAGAAAAGGAGGAAGGACAAGAAGAAACCCAGCCCUGCUGAGCCACCUGCAGCCAUCGACAAGAGCUACCUGUGCUGUGAGCACCACAAGGCCAUGGUUGCUGGGCUCUGCCUGCUGGGGGGCCCCAACCCACUCCCAGGAACCCCUCUGGUGGUGCUGGUGGUGGGCCUUGGCGGGGGCAGCCUGCCUCUCUUCAUCCAUGACUACUUCUCACAGGCCCACGUGGCCGUGGUGGAAAUCGACCCUUCCAUGCUGGAGGUGGCUACACGCUGGUUUGGCUUCUCCCAGGGUGACCGGAUGCAGGUGCAUGUCUCCGAUGGCCUGGACUACGUGGCCAAGCUGGCAGCUGAAGCCCCAGCCCACUAUGAUGCCAUCAUGUUUGAUGUGGACAGCAAAGACCUCAUGGUGGGGAUGAGCUGCCCGCCCCCAGCCUUCGUGGAAAAGCUGUUUCUACAGAAAGUUAAAACCAUUCUCAAGCCAGAAGGAGUCUUCAUGCUCAACUUGGUGUGCCGUGAUGCACGGCUGAAGGAGUCUGUCCUGGCCACCCUCAGGGAAGUCUUCCCACUACUCUAUGCACGCCGCAUUGAAGGAGAGGUCAAUGAGAUCCUGUUCUGCCAGCCCAGCCCCGAGGGCCGUUGGGAUGCUACAGAACUGGGGACACGUGCCCAAGCACUUGAGGGGGCUCUGCGGCAGCCUGGGCGCCCCUGGGACAGCUCAUACAUGCUGGCAGGCAUGCUGCAGGCCAUCAAGAUCCUCUGAGAGUGGCCUUGAUGCUGCUUCAUUAGAGGUGUCCGUUUGUGGGUGCUGUACCUCACAGCAGAGGGGUGCUUAUGGCUGCGACUGCCACCUGAGAGGGACUGGUGGUGGUCUGGAUCUGCCUGAAGGACAGGACUGGUGUGGAGAGGUGCUCCCUGCAGUGUGCUUCCCAGGAAGGAAUCUGGGAGUGUAGGAGGCUCUGCAGCCCCAGGGGUGGCAUUUUGGUGGUGAGGGGAAGAAGAUGAUGUGGAUCUGUCCUCAUUGCUUUUCUGUUGUGGGAAGAACAUCCCUCCAACCAUCCCUCUGCAGCACAGCUCCUUCCUUCUGGUGGAUGCUGCCUCUCACCAUCUCCAGCAUCCCUGGUCGCUGGUCUUUGCAGAGCUCCAGCCCUAUCCCAAGCCUGGUUAUGGGUGCAUGUGGGCUGAGAGCUCUGAAAAUAAAAGUGCUCAGGACUGCUCUGAGGCCCCAGUACUUUGUUAGGUUAUUUCUGGAGCACCUAGUACCCCUGGAAAAAAUACAGUUCUUUGGACAGGCAGCUGCUUCUUGUACUCUGGUGCCCCCUCCCCACUAGCCUAACCUGAGCAGGGUUUCUCCCUGUGCUUUCCCUGCUUCAUCUCUCUAGUUGUGGCCACUAUGAAUGGGGACCUGUAGUCUCCCAGCACCGCAAGUAUUUUCCCCUGCCUCCUGGGCCACCAGGGACCGAGCCCCGGGCCACCGGAUCACCUUGAUCACCUGGUCACCUGGGUCAACCUGAUCACCACAAGACAGCAGGGAAGUGCCUGUUAGGGUAUUCCCAGGGCUCCCCCUCCCUCUCCCAUCAGCCCUGCUGAGGUCCAUAAAAAGGGCAUCCCAAGAGCUCUUACCCCUGAGCUGGUGGGGACCAUGGCCACCAAGCUAGUGCAGGAGAUAGAAUCAUAGAAUCAACCAGGUUGGAAGAGACCUCCAAGAUCAUCCAGUCCAACCUAGCACCCAGCCCUAGCCAGUCAACUAGACCAUGGCACUAAGUGCCUCAUCCAGUCUUUCCUUGAACACCUCCAGGGACGGUGACUCCACCACCUCCCUGGGCAGCCCAUUCCAAUGCCAAUCACUCUCUCUGUGAAGAACUUCUUCCUAACAUCCAGCCUAUACACCCCCUGGCACAACUUGAGACUUGUUCUGUUGCUGGUUACCUGGGAGAAGAGACCAACCCCCACCUGGCUACAACCUCCUUUCUGGUAGCUGUAGACAGCAUUUAGGUCACCCCUGAGCAUCCUCUUUUCCAGGCUAAACAACCCCAGCUCCCUCAGCCCCUCCUCACAGGCUAUGUUCCAGACCUUUCACUAUCUUUGUCACUCUUUUCUGGACACAUUCCAAUACCUCAACAUCUCUCUUGAAUUGAGGGGCCCAGAAUGGGACACAGAUGUGUCUGUAUGUGCCCAGGAAGCACUGUGGCAGCUGUGCCGACAGCAAGCACGUCCCUCUGAUCAGUAGCUGUGCCUAUAUUUUCAUUUUAAUCUGCCAGCAAGUUCUGCUUUGGAAACUGCUCUGUUCAGAUUCCUUUUCUCAUGCUCCUUGCCUUAUUCCCCUUCCCAUAGAGCCACAAAUCAGUGCUCUCCUUUCUCCCUGAGCUGGCCCUCUUCUACACAAAGGCAGCAGAUGCCUGUUUUAAAUGAGUGGUUUUGGUGGUUUACAGGCACUGGAGGGGAGGGCUGGCUCACUCCCUGCCUCAGACAAAGGAUGGCAGCGCGGGCACAUGCCCUCUGUAUGUUGCUCGCCACCUAGUACUGAGGGCAGCACGUGGUUGCUGGUCAGCUGGAGAGACAAGGCUCCAGCUGGGUGGAAGUCUGCCUGCCCUGUGCAGUAGCUUCUAAAGCUCCUUUGUGAUGAGCAUUUUUUUGAAAGGUAUCUAUUAUCCAUCCCACUUAGUGAUGGCAAAUUUCUCAACUGCAUCAGCAGGGCUGCAUUUAGUCUAUUUUUAACUUGGUUUUCAGUUCUCAAUUCCAAUGGCGCAGGUUUGUGUGUGUGCCCUUUAUUUGACCAAAACCAUCUCCUUUCUUCCCCAGGAGCUUGUACAAAGGCUGUGUUCAUGCCUCCCUUGUCCAGCCAUGCCUUUCUGUUGUGCUUCCUAACGCCACAUCCUGGUGGGAAAACAAAAGCCAUCUAUUAGAAAUAAUGUAAGGAUGAAAUCUCCCUUCACUGCAGCUGUCCUUGCAGCUACUGGCAUCCCUGCAAGUUUGGUCCGGAAAUACGUUUCAGCUAAAAACAUGGUAAAUUCAUGAGUGCUGCAAACACCUGAAAUCCUCUUCUACAGGUAAAAUGCUCUGAGGCUAGAACAAUUGCUGUGUAGUAAAUAUUUCUCUUCUGGCAGCCAAAAUGUGCAGUUUAUGUUUGACAACUGUGUUUCUGUUGAGUGCUUUGGCAAUAUACUCAUGUUUACAUCCUUUACUCCUCACUUCCUGCCUUUGCAGUGUAGGCAUGCUGGAAGUGGCAGGGUAAAAACAAGCACUGCUGUCACUUAGCAACCUCUGCUGGCUUCGAGAUGUUGACUUUUUUUUUUCCUUUUCUGAAUUUAUCAGCACAAAAAGAGAUGUCUGUGUAACUCAUCUCAUGGUUCAGGUGUGAGGCUGUAGCCAGUUGGGGAUGCUUUGGUCUGGUCCAACAUGAAUCCUUUUCAGAGCAUUCCAUCUGCGUCCUGCUGUUGCUCCAGUAAGUGAGAGACAGGUAGUUGAUGUUUUGGCCCUGAGUUUUGUGAUCUUAAGUGGAGGGAUGCAGCUGGUCAUGCCCAGCCAUGGAGACUCUUUGACCUAAGGCGACUCUGUGGCCAAGCAGGUGGCAGGACAGUGCUGCAGUGGGGGGCUGCAUAUGCACCCUGUAUUGUAUAACCUCCUUGGGCGUCACAGUCCAGAUCUCUGCUAAGUAGGACUGGAAUUGGCUGGGCUCACAAAAAGAGGAUGGAGGUGAAUGAGGGACAUGCUGUCACCAGCCAAAGGUACAUCAAGCAGCUGGGAGCUAUUUUGAAGUUAUAAAAGCUGCAGAAACUGAGUGCUGAGGCUGAUUCCCUUCAGUUGGGAAAUGCUCUGUCAGGUUGAGCCUGGCCCUGCUGGCUGAGGUUUAUGCUGCCACCUUGGUAUGGCAGGGUCCUAGCAUGGCAAGGGCUGCAACAGCCACAUCUUGGAGGGUGGAUGUGUCUGGGAAGUGUUUUGUCCAUUAAUUUUUCUGUCAGGGAAGCACACGGUUUGCCUUGUGAUUGAGGAAGCAGGAAUACUGCCAGGCUGCAGGGAAGGAAGUAUGGCUCUUUCCUGGGGUGCUCAUGGCCACAAUGAAACAUCUCUGUGGGCUGCAGUGCAGCACGGUGGUCUUUUUCUGCCCUGCAACUGAAUGCAUUGAAUAAAAGGAUGCAGCUAGAGAUCACAGGGCAGGAAAGAGGCCACCGUGCUGGACAAGAUAGAGAGCUGUGUCACUGUUUUGCAAUCUGUGAGUCAGCAGUGCCACAUUCUUCAGGGAAGAGGCAGAAAGUGCCUCCUCUUUACAGGGGAAAGUGCUGCAGCCACUACUAAUCACUGCCCUGCAGCCAUUCUGGCUUUCUUUCCCUGGCUUUAAUUCUGUAUUUCGCAGCUCCAAGAUCUGAGUUGUCCUCUUGGCAGUUACACAGACAUAAUGCUGACCAGCACCUUCACGCCAGCAUCACGGAGCCAGGUGCUGCUGAGAAACUGGGAGCUCCCCUGUGUACAGGGCUCAUCGCCCACACCUCCUGCUGCUUUGUGCUGAUCAGCUGCCUGAAAAGCUCUGCAGGAUUCCGGGUUUGUAUCUGAAGCAAGAAGGAGGUGAGAGAAGUCCCUGGAGGGAAGAAGCUCAUAUAUGAAGGAGCCUGCCUCUUCAAAAUGUGUUCAGCAGGGAGAACACAGCCUCGUCUGUGCUCUGCUCUCCUGGGGUCCUGCCUGCUCUCCUGGCAGGGCAGUAUGCCUAGCGUUUCGCUACAGGCAUCUGCAAAUCUCUCUGGUAGUUUACAUAUAACCCAUUUUUCAUGAAGGGAAUAGCACUGGUAUGUGUUUAUAAAGCAGCCUGGGGACCUGCUCCAAAUGUCCUCAGUUUUAACAUCACACUGCCCAAUUAGGAAGAAGUGUCUGUGAAUAAGCUUGUGCGAUCAGAUGCUACAGCUGCACCCUGAAGCCAGAUUUGUUUUGCCAUAUCUUUUUCUGGAAGUCAGAGAAGGAUGAACUUGCUGUUCAUAGGCUUUAUCUGAAAUUCACUGGAGGCUUUGGCAGGGCUGAGGACCUCAGGCAUGCUGUGCUGGAGCUGGUGACAUCUGGAAGUAAGUAGAGCUGUGCUGACGGAGAGAGCAAUGCCAGUGGGGCCAGUGUGCCACCUUGAGGAGCAGGGCACCCUUCCUGCUCUGCAGGGGAGAGGUGGUUGGCAAAGGUCUUCUCUUCCUGCUGAGCCUGUCAUGUGCGAAAAGUAAAUGAUAAAUACCAUGAGACACAACUGAGUGCAGGGUAAAAACAGAACAUGUUUAGCUAGCUAGCUAGCCAGUGAGCAAUGAAACUCUGCUCCUGAAGAUCAUGCCUCAUGCUUCCCAGGAAAAUUGUUUCCUGCAUGACUCUGACACUGAUCUGGAUUUUUCUUUUCAGGGUUAUUCACUGCAAGAAGCUUUGCAACAGCCUCUGCCAGUACUGGCCCAGUUUCCUUUAAUUUGGCCACUCUGGAUCUUGACAAAUUCAGAAAGCCAGGCUGGGCUCUGCAUGGGGGUUUGGAACAAGCUGUCUGGAGAAGUUAGAGAAAGCAGAGACCUGAAGAUACAUUUGGGUGCCUUUCCUCUCUUCACUGCUCUCUUGGAGCUGCUGGAAAAACAAGCCUCCUCAAGCAAGCAUAACGAAAAUGUUCAUGCUUUUAACGGGAGGUGGGAAAUCUAUACUUGGCUGCUCAUAGCUUUCUUCUGUGAGGGAGAGUGGAUUUUUGCAAGUAAUGGAGUCACAGGGUGAGUGUGGUCACUUCAUGGCUCUAACUCAGCUUCAACAGACCAAAAGGCAGUUUGAAAACUUCCCAGACUGAGUGGAAUAAAAAACUUUUCCUAGUCAUAAA